CACAUUCAUUCCAGCCUGCACUAAAAGUGGUGCUGUGCAGUCCCGUGAGGGAGGGCUACGAUCGUAUUGGAAGCUGCAGGAUGAUCGAGUUGCUGCAAGUGUUCAGCUGACUUUGUCAGCCGGCAGCCUGAACACACCAGAACCCAACGAACAUUCUCGUACAAAUCCACAGGCUCGUACUUGCAUCAGUCUUCCGUCAUUGCUGAAACUCGCCCGUGCAGACGAAAAGGACCCAGCCAUUCUCGGCAUAUUCCAGAAAAGUCAUCUCGGCACUUGGAUCUCCACCUUGAGUGCUCAACGUACUCAGGGAAGCAUCGACUGCAAAGCUGAUCACGUCGCGAUCCAAGGCAUCCCAAUCUCAGAACACAAUGCCUCGCUACGUGGACGACCACGACCGCAGAGACCAGCCGAGCGGUCGGCAAAGGGAUCGUUCGGCAGACCUAGCAUACUCUCACGAGCCUGCCACGCCAUAUCCUCACACCAUCCGCAUGGUGGACAAUGAUGCGCCGCCAAUGACGAUGCCGGGGGCCCCGGCUUACGGCUACUCACCUCCGCCGCUCGACCAACAGGGUCCGCAUUACGGCGCGGUGUCGAGAUCCCGCCAGCUCGACGUUCCCAGAUCACAGGCACGCCCCAGGUCGAUGCCGCCGGAGGAUGACCAUUACCGUGCUCGGUCACCAAGGAGAACUCGCCGUCGCUCUGGCAGUGGUAGUGAUUACUCAGAUAACGAUGGCCCCAAAAGCCCCAUGGAUCGGGCACUCCUUUUCGUCAACGACAACUUCAGCAGUUCCACUGCCGGACUGGGUGUCAGUGUCCUUGGUGCCCUCGUGGGUGGCUUGGCAGCACGAGAAGCUGUAGAAGUGACCGGCAAGCAAGGCAGGCGUCACCACCAUGACGACCCCGAUUACAAGCGCAACCAAAUGAUCGGAACCGUUGUGGGGGCUGCUGUGGGUGCGCUUGGUGCUAAUGCUUUCGAGAAGCGGAUUGAAAAUAAUCGUGAGAGGGAAAGGAGACGAGAGCAAGAGUGGGAACGGCACAGAUGGCCAGCUGACAGAGUCCUGGAGAGGCGAGAGGUGGUGGCCAGGUCCAGAAGCCGUGGAGGCGACCACGGUUCGGGACAGUGGCGAGGACGGAACCCCAUCGAUGGUCGUCCUCGAAGUCGUGGCACCGGAGUCGAGCGCAAGGUCGACGACGAUGACGGCGGCAGCUGGGAGAGUGUCCAGGACUGGGUUUAUGAUGAUCGGAAAUCUGGGGGCCUCCCAGACCGACGAGCUGACGUGCCUGACCACCACCACUAAUACGGCUUUGUACUCAUCCAUUUGUGCUUGUUUUGGUCCUGUUAGCAAGUUCUGCAUGAAUUCCAAGUAAUCUAUGGCAAGCUUUCCACAUGUUAGUUUACGCUUACCCUGCGGCUACCACCACGUGGACCAUCACGGCCUUGGUGGAGGCGGCCACCUCUGCAAUUAUCAAUGG